UUGGAGAAUCACUGCCAGAGGUGUCAGAGAUGGCCGAGGAUGGGAGCGAGGAGAUCAUGUUCAUCUGGUGUGAGGACUGUAGCCAGUACCACGACUCCGAGUGUCCGGAGCUGGGCCCCGUGGUCAUGGUCAAAGACUCCUUUGUGCUAAGCAGGGCAAGAUCAUCCCUUCCCUCCAACCUGGAGAUCCGGCGACUGGAAGACGGGGCCGAGGGGGUGUUUGCCGUAACUCAGCUCGUCAAACGAACUCAGUUUGGUCCAUUUGAGUCGAGGAGAGUUGCCAAAUGGGAGAAGGAAUCUGCUUUUCCGCUGAAGGUGUUCCAGAAGGACGGGCACCCCGUGUGCUUUGACACGUCCAGCGAGGAUGACUGUAACUGGAUGAUGCUGGUGCGGCCAGCGGCGGGGCCCGAGCACCAGAACCUGACCGCCUUCCAGCACGGCGACGACGUCUACUUCACCACCUCCAGGGACAUCCCCCCCGGCGCCGAGCUGCGCGUCUGGUACGCGGCCUUUUACGCCAAGAAGAUGGACAAGCCCAUGCUGAAGCAGGCGUGCGCCGGCGCCCACGCUGCAGGGAGCCCGGGAGGCAGCGCUGCGGUGGAGGCGGAGCCCAGCCCGUGGGCGUGUAAGGUGUGCUCCGCCACCUUCCUGGAGCUGCAGCUGCUGAAUGAGCACCUGCUGGGGCACCUGGACCAGGCCCGGAGCCUGCCCUCGGCCGGCCAGCACGCAGCCGCACCCCAGAAGGAGCCAGACGCGCCCCGGGGGGAGCCUCCCACCGUGCCCAAGAGCGGCAGUGCCCCCAAAGAGCAGAAGAAAAAGCCUCGAAGGGGGAGAAAACCCAAAGCAUCAAAGCCUGAGCAGCCGCUAGACAUUAUAGAAGGCAAGGAGCCGGCAGACCAAGUGGCAGAGAUCAUCACCGAGGUCCCACCGGAUGAGCCAGUGACGGCGGCGCCGGAUGAGCGGAUCAUGGAGCUGGUUCUGGGGAAGCUGGCCUCCACUGCGGGCGACGCCAGUUCAGUGCCAAAGUUCCCACAUCAUCAGAGCGGAGGCCUUGCCCUCAAGCGGAGCCUGCUCCUGUCGAGCCGGCACGGCGUCCGGAGGAAGCUGGUCCGGCAGCUGGGGCAGCUGGGGGAGCACAGGCGGGUCUACCAGUGCAGCAUCUGCAGCAAGGUCUUCCAGAACAGCAGCAACCUGAGUAGGCACGUGCGCUCGCACGGUGACAAGCUGUUUAAAUGCGAGGAGUGUGCCAAGCUGUUCAGCCGCAAGGAGAGCCUGAAGCAGCACGUGUCCUACAAGCACAGCAGGAAUGAGGUGGACGGUGAGUACAGGCACCGCUGCGGCACCUGCGAGAAGACGUUCCGCAUCGAGAGUGCGCUGGAGUUCCACAACUGCAGGACAGAUGACAAGACGUUCCAAUGUGAGAUGUGUUUCAGAUUCUUCUCCACCAACAGUAACCUCUCCAAGCACAAGAAGAAGCACGGGGACAAGAAGUUUGCUUGUGAGGUCUGCAACAAAAUGUUCUACCGCAAGGACGUCAUGCUUGACCACCAGCGGAGGCACCUGGAAGGCGUGCGGCGGGUGAAGAGGGAGGACCUGGACGCCGGCGGCGAGAACCUGGUCCGCUACAAGAAGGAGCCCUCGGGAUGCCCCGUGUGUGGCAAGGUGUUCUCCUGCAGGAGCAACAUGAACAAGCACCUGCUGACGCACGGCGACAAGAAGUACACGUGCGAGAUCUGCGGCCGCAGGUUCUUCCGCGUGGACGUGCUCAGGGACCACAUCCACGUCCACUUCAAGGACAUCGCGCUGAUGGACGACCACCAGAGGGAGGAGUUCAUCGGCAAGAUCGGCAUCUCCUCGGAAGAGAAUGACGACAACUCGGACGCCAGCGCGGACUCGGAGCCUCACAAGUACAGCUGCAAGCGGUGUCAGCUGACCUUCGGCCGCGGGAAGGAGUACCUGAAGCACAUCAUGGAGGUGCACAAGGAGAAGGGCUACGGCUGCAGCAUCUGCAACCGCCGCUUCGCCCUGAAGGCCACCUACCACGCCCACAUGGUCAUCCACCGGGAGAACCUGCCGGACCCCAACGUGCAGAAGUACAUCCACCCCUGCGAGAUCUGCGGGCGCAUCUUCAACAGCAUCGGGAACCUGGAGCGCCACAAACUCAUCCACACAGGUGUGAAAAGCCACGCCUGCGAGCAGUGCGGGAAGUCAUUCGCGCGGAAGGACAUGCUGAAAGAGCACAUGCGCGUGCACGACAACAUCCGGGAGUACCUGUGCGCCGAGUGCGGUAAAGGCAUGAAGACCAAGCACGCGCUGCGCCACCACAUGAAACUGCACAAGGGCAUCAAGGAGUACGAGUGCAAGGAGUGCCACCGCAAGUUCGCGCAGAAGGUCAACAUGCUCAAGCACUACAAGCGGCACACGGGGAUUAAAGACUUCAUGUGUGAGCUGUGCGGGAAGACGUUCAGCGAGCGGAACACGAUGGAGACGCACAAGCUCAUCCACACGGUGGGCAAGCAGUGGACGUGCUCCGUGUGUGACAAGAAGUACGUCACCGAGUACAUGCUGCAGAAGCACGUGCAGCUCACCCACGACAAGGUGGAGGCACAGAGCUGCCAGCUGUGCGGGACCAAGGUGUCCACCAGGGCGUCCAUGAGCAGGCACAUGCGGCGCAAGCACCCCGAGGUCCUGGCCGUGAGGAUCGAUGACCUGGACCACCUCCCAGAGACCACCACCAUCGAUGCCUCCUCCAUCGGCAUCGUGCAGCCCGAGCUGAGCCUGGAGCAGGAGGAGCUCGCGGAGGGCAAGCACGGGAAAGCCACCAGGAGAGCCCACAAGAGGAAGCAGAAGGCGGAGGCCGAGGUGGCGGGCGCCCCGGUGCCCGAGGAGGCCGCCUUCAGCGAGUACUCGGAGAAGGAGCCCGUGCUGUCCGGCGUCGGGGACGAGACCGACUCAGCGGUGCAGAGCAUCCAGCAGGUGGUGGUGACGCUGGGCGACCCAAACGUGACCACUCCUUCGAGCUCCGUCGGCUUGACCAACAUCACCGUGACCCCCAUCACCACGGCCGCCGGGACUCAGUUCACCAAUCUGCAGCCUGUGGCCGUCGGGCACCUGACCGCGCCGGAGCGCCAGCUGCAGCUGGACAACUCCAUCCUGACUGUGACCUUUGACACGGUCAGCGGCUCGGCCAUGCUGCACAACCGUCAGAACGACAUCCAGAUCCACCCGCAGCCAGAGGCCUCGAACCCCCAGUCCGUGGCGCACUUCAUCAACCUGACCACCCUGGUCAACUCCAUCACGCCCCUGGGGACCCAGCUCAGCGAGCAGCACCCGCUUACGUGGCGGGCAGUGCCCCAGGCGGACGUCCUGCCGGCGCCCCAGCCGCCCGCGCCCCAGCCGUGCCCGCCGAGGCCCAGCCGCAGAUGUACAGCUACUGAGUCCAGGCGCCCGGACGUCCUGAGGUGCCUGCGCACUGGUGUCCUCGCCCGUGCCUGCGGCGUGUCUGCUGGAUUCCAGACCCAGAGAAGAGAGCGUCACGACGAUGUGAGUGCGGUUGACUUAGCUUUGCAGAAUGACCUCCAGCCCCCGCUGCCCCCCGAAGGCGUGGGCAUCUGA